GCAGAGCAGAGGAGCUCUCAUCCAGAUCCGUGCCAGACGCAUGGUCGACUUUUGGUUUCUGCGCGUCUUCUAUAACAUUUUUUUUUAAUUUUGACUUCAAGAGUAGUUGAAACUUAACUUCGUGUCAACUUCGAGGUGUUUUCACAGUGGAUUUGUCACGCCUGUUGGAUAUAUAUCCUUUGGAAUAACAGUUGGAUACUCCGCGACGCACAGGAGUCAUCCGCAGCUCCAGCCGGAUUGAUUAUUCCCGACCCAGGAGCGCGCAGGGUCCAGCCCGGAGCUCUCCAAGGGGGAAACCUCUCUCCGUGCGCCUCCGCCUGGGCUGUGACUUUUUAACCGAGCCGUCCCAGAUAUGGUGGGGCACCUCCACCUACAAGCGAUGGAUGAUAGCCUGAAAGGAAAAAACCGAGAGGGGCUGCUCGACAGCCCGGACUCGGGACUGCCCCCGAGCCCCAGUCCGCCCUUCUGCUCGCUGUCCCCGGGGCUGAUCGAGUCGCGCUCCAGCAGCUGCACGACGCCCGAGGAGAGCCAGCAUGGGUGUUAUAGGAAGGAGAGCAGAGAGGGCAAACUGCUGCCCUACCUGCUGCUGAACUCCACAGGAGCAGACCCCAAGACUCGCAUGUACCCCGUGUUCUUCGGGGAAAGCAUUGAGGUCAACCCCAAACCAGAGCAGGAAAUCAAGUGCAUCUCUGAGGUCAAGUAUGACUCUGACAAGCAUUACCGGGACCAGGUGUACUGCACCCCCGUUCCCACGGCCACCUCCUUCAGCGAGACAGUGGUAGCGGUGCAGAACUGCACAUGGCGGAGCUACAAGUCCCAGGUGUACCUGGAGCCGCGGCAGAGGCCCAUCAGCUACCAGAGCACCACCAUCAUCUACCCCAAACACGCCAAGAACACUUACCGCACCACGCUCAACUACAACGCCACGGGCUCCCGCCGCUGGUUCGUCUCCACGGUGCAGCUGGAGUCGAGCGAGGACACUAGUCCCUGUGUCAUCUACACCGAGGACCUGUAGAGCUCAGCCCGGACAGGGGGAUGGCUACCUGGCAACCAUCUUGUUUUUUCUCAGAGGAUGAGGAUCGAGGGAGGGCCCAUUUUGAAAAGGAAAUACUUCAAGUGUUGUCUGGAGCCCUACAAACCCUGGUCUGGUCAUCUUUACGUGCCAUGGAGGAAACUCUGGAAACCUUCAGUGACAUUUCACCUGAGUGUGUUUAGACUUUCUACUGAGGCCGUCUUUAGGAAGGGACUCCUGGCAGUUUGAAGCUGCACUUGAAUGGUUAAUGUCUUAUUUAAUACAAGAGCUGACAAAUUGGUGGCUUUCCGGUUUUUAAUAGAUCAGAUUGCAGACGUCUGUGUAUGUAGAGAAAAGUCGAGAUGACACGAGUUGUGGGAGUUCGCGCAAACUCCGGUCACACCAAUGCAAAGCUUGCUAAUAUGGCUUUAUUGCACUUGUUUUCUAUAUAUCACAGUCCUCUCAGUGGACGUGGAAUCGCAGUUCAGUUCAGUUCAGUUCUGCGUUUGAAAAAUUGGACCAAAGACUGUUUAUCUCUGCAAUAACUCCCCACUAUGAGACAGUUACACAGUUUGAACUACACAUUUAAGCAACAGCUUGUUUGGUUUGGUUAAGCGCUCAGUUGAAAUAUCUGCACACUGCAGGUGUUGGGAUAAUUCACACGAACCAGAGAGAUGUGUAUAGAGUGAAGACUGAAGUCUAAUCCUACAGCACGAUCACAGCACAGUGUACAUGAGGCCUGGAGAAUUACAUUAAAUAAUGAACCGUGUUGGAUCACUGGACUUUUGGUCUUAACUUAAUUUGAAUAUUUUGGUUAAAACAAUGUCACAGUUAAGGUUUUUUUUUCAAUAAACUGGUUCUUGUUUGGUCUGAAGGGGGUGCUGGAGAGCUGGAGAG